CCGUGCAUCUACCUUUCUUUGACUAACUAAUCAAACCUACCCCAACCAUUUUGUUUAAUUAUUCACCAAUAACUAACAUAGUGAUUGACGCCAAAUUUCCCUGCCCGUCAUCUCUUCAAGCCCUUCACAGCUUGAAGAGCUUCAGAUCUUACUAUUCUUUGUUGAUUUUGCUCAUAAAGUUAUAAGAGGACACCUACUCCUCGCGUCUCUCUUCAUUCUCAUCUCUUACUCUAACUAAAUGGGUGGCAGCAAGGUUUACUCUCUCGCCGAGAUCUCAGAACACAACAAUAACAAGGACUGUUGGCUCCUCAUCGGCGGCAAGAUAUAUGAUGUGACAAAGUUCUUGGAAGACCAUCCUGGUGGUGAUGACGUUUUGUUGUCAGCAACUGGUAUGAUGUUGCAUAGCAAACGAGUUUGUGUUUUGAAGAUACCUGUCUGGGAAUUCAAACCGAACUUUCCUUAUUGGGAUGAAAGGUCAAACGAAAGUUCACCUGUCAAACCAGCAAUAUGUAUAAGAAAUGAUCCUAAACCUACGUGUAUAUUCAAUGUUUUUUGCAGGGAAGGAUGCGACUGAUGACUUUGAGGAUGUGGGUCACAGCACCAGUGCUCGAGAAAUGAUGAAGGAUAUGUAUGUUGGUGAAAUUGAUUCCACAACCAUUCCUGCCAAGACCAGCUACAAACCUCCAAAGCAGCCUCACUACAACCAGGACAAGACCCCCGAGUUCAUCAUCAAGCUCUUGCAGUUCUUAGUCCCUUUGGUUAUUCUUGGGGUUGCUGUUGGCAUCCGUUUCUACACCAAGCAAUCAUCUUCUUAAAACAUCUCUUCUUUGUCUUCUUCCUCCCAUACUUCCAAUAAUAAUUAUAAUGUAGUCCACAUUCCUUCUCCAUCGUCGACCCUGAAAGUGCUGCCUUUUUUGUGUACGUUACAUCUGCUCAAUUAUGGGGGCAGAAAGAAUGUUUUGUUUUAUUUGACACUCUUUGGUAAUGAUGAUACUUGAGAACCUUAAUACUCUGCACUACUUCUCAGUCUGGUUUUUUAUAGUCUCGUUUUAUAUAGGUCAAUUUGUGUCGA